UACUUGUUACUUUUAACACAAAAGCUCAAAACCCAUCUCAAUUCGUUGAAAUCAUUUUAACGGAUUUAUAACUUAGCUGUAACACCUCAAAAUUCCAAAUUAUAGAUUCACCGCCUACUAUAAUCAAAGGUUUUUUGAUGAGACUGAUACGUGUAUUCCGAGGGAGCUGAAUAUAUUUGAAGAUGGCUAUGUUUAGUAGCAAGGUUUCGUUAGGGAACUUUCCGAAUUUAGCCGGUGACACUACUACUUUCACUACAGAAGAGGAUGCUGAGAAUGGGCAGUUAAAGAAAUCUGAAUUAAUAAAAGACGAGCCGACAUAUUUAUCAGACCAAGUUAUGUUUACCUCUGAGCUAUAUGAUGUGGAUGUGGAUGGACUAAAGAUACGAUCAGAAAAUACUUUGAGUGCAGAUUCUGCAGCUGGAGUGGUGAAACCCUCAUAUCAUGGUCAAGGUAUAAAAGAGAUGAGGCUAAAUGGUACUCAGUCUCUCACACUUAAGGCAGCUAGAACUACCGAAGAAAGUCAGAGGCACUUAUUACAAAGUUCAGAUAACAUCUCUAUGAUGUUUCAUGAUGUAGGUUCUAAGGAAGAAAAUGCUAAGGCGGAAGUUCAUAUACUGAACCAGCUGGCUAGUGAUAAUCAAAGUGAUAUCAAGGAAGAACGAUCAAGUUCAGAAAGCAAUUCAUCUGACAAUACAGAUUCAACUCCUGAACUCGAGAUGAACAUGAUGGAGACCGUGAUUUUAGGGGCUAAACCACUAACUCAAAUUUGUCAACAACAAUUUUCGAGUCAUUUUCCACAACUACCACAACUACAAUAUCAACCACUACAAUUUUCUCAAUCACCACAACAUUCUCAAUCACCACAAAAUGAACAAAGAAAGAAAUCGACAAAGAAAAUCCCUUGGAAUAACGAUGAAGAAAUGCAUUUGGCUGAAUGUUGGCUUGCAGUUUCCGAGGAUCCUAAAGUCGGCAAAGCCCAAACAAUCAACUCUUUUUGGUAUCGGGUAUUGGACAUAUACAAUGAUGGUGUGACAAUAAAACGGACAAAGGAUCAAUGCUCUUCAAAAUGGAGAGAUAUGCAUCUUCGCACCAAAAAAUUCAAUGAAAUCUACUCCAGCUUGGUAGAGAAGCACAGUUCAGGUUUAUCCGACUAUGACAUUUUGAUUCGUGCGCAUGAAUUGUAUGAAAGUGAAACUGGUCAAGCCUUUAAGUGCCUUCAUAUUUGGAAUUUUGUGAAAGACAAACAAAAAUGGUUGAGUCCUGAUACAGUGGUCCUAGGAAGAAGAAACAAAAAACGAAACCAGGUUGAAUCUUCUUCUUCCGUUCCACCUAUAUAUAUUGAUCAAGACGAAGAAGAUGAUAAGGAGCUGUUCUACAAACAUGAUAAAAGUGAACUUCCACCCAACAAAUCGACACAAACAAAAAGCCAACGUACUUCGUUAGAUACAACUCCAGCUUCACAAAAAGCUUUACAAAUAGCUGCUGAAGGUGAUGAAAUGCAACAAAUAUGUCGAAUGAAACUUGAACUAGCCAAGGGGAAAAAAGAGCUUAUCGAUCACCAAAAAUUUACGCUAGAUAUGGAUUUUUUAAAAUACGAUACAACUGGGAUGGAGGAUGCAGAUAAAGCAUUUGUCGAGAAAAAGAAGUAUGAUAUUAGGAAAAAAUACGGAAUUGUGUAGGUUUUCUAAUGUGAUCUCUUUUUUAUCAAUGUAAUCUCUUUAUCUUGUUAAAGAUAUUUCUUAAAUAUCAAUUAAAAAUAUCAUGUAAAAAUUAAAAAGGAA